AUGGACCUUGAUGCUGGUGCGGACGAUUUCUUUGCGGCGCUUGAUAACGGCGUUGACGACGAUGUUUUUGCUGGUUUUGGACCUGCUCAAGCCGAAACAAACGUUCAUAGCGACUACCCCUCAUCGGUGGAAAAUACUCCGCUUGUUAUACAGCAGGUUGACAGGAAAAACAAAGCAGAGAUUGCCAAGAAAGCUGCGAAGAAAGAAGAAGCUGCUCGUGCAGCUAAAGCUGCUAGAAAAGCAGAAGAACCAUCAUUGCCCAUGGAGGAACGGAUUGUGAACUUGUUGGUACCGGAACUUCAAGUGAACGACGUCAUGUUGUUGAUCCGCAAGAUGAAACAAGCAGGCAAGUCGGACGCUGAUGAGUUCUCGGAGCUUGAUGCGGAGCAGAAAACAGCACCACGGUUUCGAUGCGAGACAUGCGGCAACACAGAACAGAACAAUUUUAUUACAGAUUAUGCGCGGGGUGACACAAUUUGUAAUGGAUUGGAUGGAAAUGGGUGUGGUACAGUAGUGCAAGAUCAUAUUGUGCACGAAGGUAGCGCGUACCGUAAGUUUGAAGGUGAAGAGGACAAAUCACAUCAUGGACCUGCGCCUAAUAAGUUGUUCUCAACGGGACACAACUUGCGUACACUGAUAUCGCAGGAUGGUGAAAUGGCUGGGAAUCUAAGACGUGCAGCAGAAUUUGUCGAGAUGAACCUUAGUCAAAUGGGCAAGGAUGAGCGAAGGACGCGUAUUGGCUACAAAGACCAGAUGAAACAAAAAGCAUGUCGUCUGAUCGAUCAUACGAUGAGCAACUUGGAUUUGCACGAGAUUGUAGGCAGUCGCGCAAAGAAAAUGUUUGCCGAGUUUCGUGACGUCCGUGAGCAUGUGCACCAGUUUGAUGCCAUGGUGGCAGGCUGUGUGAUCGCUGCUUAUAUGGAGACUAGUAAAGAGAUGUACUCGGCACAGAAUGGAAUUCGUAUCGGCCAGCACAAACAAGCGGGUAUGGCUAGUCUACCACUCCCGCCAAACAAGGCAGUAGAUGAGAAAACGCUGCAUCCAUUUACAUGCACACUAUGUGAAAUGAAGUUUAAUGCUCGCCGUGGCAUGCAAUUCCACAAAUGCGCGGGCAAACCUGACGAGGACAAAGAAAAAACUUCAAGUGGAGCCAACUUGUCGCCCGUCGUGAUGCCUGAACAUCUCCAGCCGAUCAUUGAGACGAAGAAUGGCAAGCAGUGGUUCAAGUGUCCUGUAUGUUCACGUGUGUAUGGAAAAGAAGAGAGCUUGUCAGAGCACAUGGUGCGUCACAUGAACCAAAUCAAAAAGCGCAAGCACCACAUCGAAACAAGCACGAUCGACUCGACGCGCCUUGCAAAGACCACAAAGCUUGCGUCUGCCAACCCGUCUGUGCAGGUGAAUACACAUGAGCAAGUUAUGUUUCGCGGUGAAGGUCGGCAGGCAUGGCUCCAGCGCCUGGCCGAGGGAUAA